AUGUUCCCCACCUCUUGCAUUGCAAGAGAGUUGAGAACUGUUGACUUGACUGGAAUGCUAAGUGUCAAGUCAUCUGCAUAUUUAAGAAGCAGAUUACUCCCAGGAUGUACCACAGGACCAUGUAUAUUGGCAUCAGGUGUAAGGGCAAAUGUUUUUGACCAGAAGUGUUUUGUUACUUUGUUUUCUAGAUUACAAAAGACUUUGUGACAAUAAAUAUCAAGAGGGAUGAGAGUUGGAAAGACAACAUUGAA